AUGACCUUCAUCUCCAUCUUCAUCUGCACACUGGCUCUCUGCACUCAAGAAAUGAACAACCAUCUCCACGAUCACAUGAAGAGCUGCAGUGAUGUUAAAUAUGAUGCGCUGGGGAAACAGCAAGAAGGAAACAUCUGCUCACAGUGUGGGAAGAGCUUCAGGUUCCAGAGUGAUCUCAAACAACACCAGCGCAUUCACACUGGAGAGAAACCGUAUCAGUGCUCACAGUGUGGGAAGAGCUUCAGGUCCACGAGUAAUCUAAAAAAACACCAGCGCAUUCACACUGGAGAAAAACCGUAUCAGUGCUCACAGUGUGGGAAGAGUUUUAAUCAACAGAGUAAUCUCAAAACACACCAGCGCAUUCACACUGGAAAGAAACCGUAUCAGUGCUCACAUUGUGGGAAGAGCUUUGGUUUCCAGUGUGAACUCAAAAUACACCAGCGCAUUCACACUGGAGAGAAACCCUAUCAGUGCUCACAGUGUGGGAAAAGUUUUAAUAGUCGGAGUCAUGUCAAAACACACCAGCGCAUUCACACUGGAGAGAAACCGUACCAGUGCUCACAGUGUGGAAAGAGUUUUAAUAGACAGAAUCAUUUCAAACAACACCAGCGCAUUCACAGUGAACGCAUUCACACUGGAGAGAAACCGUAUCAGUGCUCACAGUGUGGGAAGAGUUUUAAUCAACAGAGUAAUCUCAAAAUACACCAGCGCAUUCACACUGGAGAGAAACCGUAUCAGUGCUCACAGUGUGGAAAGAGUUUUAAUACACAGAGUUAUCUCAAAACCCACCAGCGCAUUCACACUGGAGAGAAACCAUAUCAGUGUUCACAGUGUGGGAAGAGUUUUAAUCAACAGAGUGGUCUUAAAACACACCAGCGCAUUCACAGUGGAGAGAAACCAUAUCAGUGUUCACAGUGUGGGAAAAGUUUUAUGAGACAGAAUUAUCUCCAACAACACCAGCGCAUUCACACUGGAGAGAAACCGUAUCAGUGCUCACAGUGUGGGAAGAGUUUUAAUCAACAGAGUGAUCUCAAAACCCACCAGCGCAUUCACACUGGUGAGAAACCCUAUCAGUGCUCACAGUGUGGGAAGAGUUUUAAUACUCCGAGUGGUCUCAAAACCCACCAGCGCAUUCACACUGGUGAG